AUGGGUCAGGCACUGUGGAGGCUGCCACCAAGACAACAGCAGCAGCUUCAGGAAGAGCUUGUCGACCGACUGGCUGACACAGGAGCUGCAAGACAAGAUCAAGGUGGGGAUGGAGGGACACUUCGCAGAAUCCCUCAACAUUGUUAUGGACCGGACAUUUACCAUCUGCUGAAAGCACGCAGAGGGGGUAAAGAACAAAAUGGGUUUAUAGAUUUGGAGAUGCUCCCACCAGAAUUAGGCAUCACCAUAUUGUCGUAUCUAAACGCUACUGAUCUGUGUCUGGCCGGGUGUGUGUGGCAGGACCUGGGAAAUGAUGAAUAUCUGUGGCAGGGGCUCUGUAAGUCCACAUGGGGUCACUGCUCCAUCUACAACAGAAGGCUGCCUGCUGGUUUCUCAUAUAGAAGACUAUAUCUACAACUAGAUGAAGGCAGUCUUACAUUCAAUGCAAACCCGCAGGAGGGUAUCUCUUAUUUCAUGUCUAAGGGCAUACUAGUGGAUCACCCCAAAGAACAGGCUAAGUUCAUCUUCUACACGAGACGGCUCAAUUGGAAGAUGCUGAGGAUUUACUUGGAUGAGAGGCGUGAUGUUUUGGAUGAGCUGGUGACACUUCACAACUUCAGCAAUCAGUUCCUCCCCAAUGCACUGAGAGAUUUCUUCAGACACAUUCAUGCACCAGAAGAGAGAGGAGAAUAUCUGGAAACGCUCAUCACCAAAUUUAGUCACAGGUUUUGUACCUGUAACCCGGGUCUUGUCCGAGAGUUGGGUCUGAGUCCUGAUGCUGUCUAUGUGCUGUGCUACAGUCUCAUCCUGCUGUCCAUUGAUCUGACCAGUCCUCAUGUCAAAAAUAAAAUGUCAAAAAGGGAGUUCAUCAGGAACACUCGCAGAGCAGCCCAUAAUGUCUCAGAUGACUUUGUGGGCCAUCUUUAUGACAACAUAUACUUGAUUGGCCAUGUGGCUGCGUAG